UCCCGUGGCAACACCGGCACUUUGGCACUUCCGGCCGCCGUGUUCCACUUCCGGGUCGCGCCAUCGCCCCUCGGCCGCCUCCUGCGCUGAGCCGUGAUCGCAGCGCCCACGGAGCCGCCACGAUGAGGCUCUACAGCCUAAGUGUCCUUUACAAAGGUGACCCUAAAGUGCAUUUGCUCAAAGCUGCCUAUGACGUGUCCACCUUCAACUUCUUUCAGAGAUCCAGUGUGCAGGAGUUCAUGACGUUCACGAGCCAGCUGAUCACGGAGCGCUCGGCGCUGGGCAGCAGGGCCUCGGUCAAGGAGCAAGAGUACCUGUGCCAUGUGUAUGUCCGGAGCGAUGGGCUCGCCGGAGUAGUGAUUGCAGACAAUGAAUAUCCACAGCGGGUUUGUUUCACCUUGCUGGACAAGGUGCUGGAUGAGUUCUCCAGGCAGGUCAGCAAGAUGGACUGGCCCACAGGGUCACCUGCCACCAUCAGCUACUCUGCCUUGGAUGGAUAUCUCAGCAAAUACCAGAACCCCCGGGAUGCUGACCCAAUGACCCGAGUGCAGGCAGAGCUGGACGAGACCAAAAUCAUCUUGCACAACACUAUGGAAUCACUGCUGGAGCGUGGGGAGAAGCUGGAUGACCUGGUCUCCAAAUCAGAGGUGCUGGGAGCACAGUCCAAAGCCUUCUACAAAACGGCCCGAAAGCAGAAUUCCUGCUGUGAAAUCAUGUGAUGUGGAGCCCGGGGUUCCACCUCUGGACCACCAGCUCUCCACCCCCCUCCACAGCCAUCCCAGGGGUGUUCCUGGGCCUGGGCCAGGGAUCCUCAGCCCCCUCAUGUGACUGUUGUCCACCUUGAGGGGCCACUAAUGCUGGCACCGGACUGACAACCGUGGGGGGAGGUCCACACUGAAGAUCCUCCACCCUCACUGUUCUGGGACAGCUUGGACCAGGGGGCACCCGGCCAUGCACUCCCCUGCCUUCACACUCCCUGGGAAGCCUGGAGGAGCCCCCCACUGCUGUCCAGGGGGCUGAGGGGACAGGCAGAGCCCCCCUGCUGCCAUCCCAGGGGCUGGGGGACUUUUAUGUAUUUGUGUCCUAAGGGUGAGCUGGGAGGGGGUGGGAGAAGGGGGGAAAGGAAAAUAGUUUUUUGGGUGGGGGAUGCCCACUGCCUCCUUGGGCAGCUUCUCCCCGUGCUGGUGAGCUCAGAGCUGUGUCCUGGUGCUAGGGGAGGGGGGGGAGCUCACCAGCCUGCCCUUCACCUCAAGGCCCCUCCCCUGCUCCAACCAGCCAGGGUGGGGGGCUCAGCACCUGUCAGGGCCCAGCAGCCCUCACUGCCUCCUCUUCCUACUCAGGAAGGGAAAAGUUGGGCUUGGGCUGUACCUUGCAGUGCUCUGGUUGUUUCCAUGCCCUGCCUGCACUGGGCAGGGGGAUAAAGUAAUCUUUGGCAGUUGUA